AUGCCUCCAGUUAAGUCGAAGUAUCAGUGCCCAACAGUUCCACCUGUUGUCGAAAUGGAAUCCACCCCCGAGCGGAUGGCCCAUUUCUUUCCCUCUUGCCGUGUUCCAUGGUCAGAGGAAGGUGCUUUGUCCACAAAGCACGAGACCCCCGACGAGCCCAAGAAGUCCUUCGUGGACAAGCUCAAGGAGAUCCCCAAGGCUUCUUCGAAGAGAAGGAAGAAGCGGGCCCACAAGAAGGCCCAGAAGCAGGCUCAGGAGGAGGAGGACGCCCACAAGCGUCUCAACAAUCCUUUUGAGUACAUCGCUCCCAAGGCCACAAAGGCCCAGAAGGCUCCUGUCAGAAAGAACAAGCCUCUCUUGACUGCCGACGCCAACCCCGACGCCAUGGCCGCUGCCCGUUGUGCCUUUGGUGCUGUUCCCUUGCCAAAGAAGGAGGUUUCUGGUCCUUGCAAGGAGAAAGUCAGCGCUAGAGGUGCCUACCAGCCUAAGGAGGAGAGAAAGAACAAGGUUCACUUUGAGUUGGGAGUUGCCGCGGACGCCGACUACGGUAAGCGUCCUUCCUGGCUCACCAGAAAGUUCGGAUUCUUGAUUCCUGGCAAGAAACGUGGCAGAAAGGGUUUGGAAGGUGACCCUGGUGCUAGAGUAAGAGUUUCCGUAGGUGCCACCACGCCCAAGUUCGAGGAGGUGCGCAGUAUAGAUCACGUCUUGGCGCGUGCCGCUCCCGCCAGGGCUGUCUACUACUCGCCUCCCGCGUCCGCGUGGUCGUCGCAGGAGAUUCUCCAUGCGGGUACCCUCUGGCAUCCUGGAGUUGACCCCGAUGAUCGAGAUUUGGGGGAUUCGCCAGGUGCUGAGCCCGAGCAGGUUUCUGCUCCAGAGUGUCCUGUUCUGGAGGCUCCAGAAGUGAUUUUGGACGCUCCAGUCGAAAUUCUGGAGCCUCCUCUGGAGCCUCCGAUGUCGCACGCCGCACCCGCCGCACUUCCAGUGGAACCCUCUCCAGAGGUGGAAACGCCAGUUUCUCCAGCUUUUCCACCCAUUGAGCCGGUUUCCCACCACUCUACGCCCGAACAGCCCCCUUCGCCGGCCACCCCCGUGGUUGCCAGCGUCAGACUGGGCGAGGCAUGCACGGCUUUUGACUUCUACACUGCCGGCAUGCACGAAAUGGCUGCAAACCCAUGGGCGCUGGAGAUGUCGGCUGGGAUCCAGAAACCACAGGAGGCCGUCUCCGCUGGUCUCUUGCCCGCCGUUGACAUUUCUGUUUCUGGAGGUUUUGAGGAGCCUGAGGCUGUCCGUGAAGUGCCUGACAGGUCUGAGCCUGUUGGGUCUGAGGACCAGGUUUCCCAGGAUGUUCCAGAGCCCAAGGUUCUUGCUUCUGAGCCAAAGCAGGCUCUUCCUUCUGAGCCAUUGAAGGAGAAGUUUGUUUCUUCCGAGCCAUUGAAGAAGGUCCUUUCUUCAGAGCCCCAGGAAGUUCUCUCUUCCGAGCCAUUGAAGCACGACUUCGUGUCUUACCGCUCGGAUGUCUGCGUGGACGCCAUUCUCAAGAUGGCCGACGACGUGAUGAAGCAGGCUGCCGAGGAGUUUUCUCUUUCCGGUGACGAUGCUAGUGUUGAGGUUCCAGCUGAGGUGCCAGUUGAGACCCCAGUUGAGACCCCAGUUGAGAACGUUGAGGUGCCUGCUCAGGUUACUGAGUCUGUAAAGGUCCCUGGUGCCGUUGUUGAUGCCGUUGUUGAGAUUUCUGAGGCUCCUGAUGCCGUUGUUGAGGUUCCUGUCGAGGCUCCAGUAGAGGAUGCUGUUCAUGUCUCCACUGAGUCUCCUGUUGAGGAACCUGUUGAGGAAGUUGUUCAGGAACCUGUUGAGGAGCCUGUUGAAGAACCUGUUGAGGAGCCAAUUCAGGAGUCUGGUGAGCCUUCUCUUGAAGUACCUGUUGAGGUUUCGGUUGAAGUUCCUGUUGAAGCUUCUGUUGAGGUUCCUGUUGAGACUUCCGUUGAGGUCUCUACUCAGUCUUCUACUGAGGAGCCUGUUCAGGAUGUUCAGACGCCAGUUGAUGUCUCUGUCGCUGUCUCCGUCGAGAUUCCUUUCGAGGAGCCUGUUCAGGAGACUGAAGAGCCUGUCGUUGUUGAGGAGCCUGUUGAGGAGCCUGUAAAGGAAUCUCUCAACAAGACCGUUGACGAAUCCGUUGAGGAGACCGUCAAGGUUUCCGUCGAUGAGCCAAUCGAGGAGCCAAUUGAGGAGCCAAUUGAGGUUCCAGCUGAGGUGCCAGUUGAGGAGCCCACCUCAAAACUCUCUAUCGCCUCAGUUCCAUCUCCAGUAACCCAGUCCCCCUCGAAAUCCAAGACCCCGCUGCCUGUCUUGCCGGUGAUCGAGGAGGUAACUGAACCACUUUCCGAAACCGCUCCCGUCGACCAGGAAACCACCCCUUCCUUGCCUGUUGUCGUUCAGCCAAUUACCGUUUCACCUCCCGCUGAUACCACCCACGGUGAGUCAGCCGCUUCUGUUGUUGCCGUUGAAACAGAAACCAAGGUGAAGGAUGGUGAUGUUGUUGUUGCCGUUGAUGCCGUUUCUAAAACUAACCCCCAGCCAGUAUCCCCACCAGCUGUUCCUAAAAACAAUCUCGACCUCACCAGGGAAGAGAAGAAGGAGCAGUUGAGAAAGCGCCUUGCUCUGCUCAGGCAGUCUAUGGCUGUUGCCGUUGAGAAGCCAUUGCCUAAGGAGACCAAGGAGGAGGCAAGCCGUGAUGUUUCUUCAACCAAUGCUACCGAAUCCAAGGAUCUGGCUGAGCAGGCGAAGGAACAGAAGAAGGCUCUUUUGAGGGAAAGAGUUGCCAUGUUGAAGGCCAAGAUGGCUGAAGCUCCCAAGAAGGUGGAUUCCGUGGAAUUGAAGAAUCCAGAGGCCCCAAGUGAGGCCCCUUCCAUUCAGCCCGUCGAGGUUUCUUCUGUUCAGCCCAUUGAGGUCUCCAAGACAGUUGAAGAUGUUCCUGUUGCACCCAUUGAGGUACCUAUUGCCGUUGAGGCACCUGUUGAUGCUGUGCUGGUUUCAGACGCUGAAAAGGUUGUGAAGCCAGUCGUCGAGACUACUAACCCACAGCCUGUGGUUGAGAAGACUGUCGAAUCUGUGUCUUCUGUUGAGAAGGCUGUUGAAGCUGAGCCUGUCAUUGAAGAGGCCGCUGAUUCCAAGCCUGUUGUCGCCGUUGGUUCUCAGUCUGAUGUUGAAAAGCCUCAGUCUGUUGAGAAGCCUGUUGAGAAGCCUGUUGAGAAGCCGGUUGAGAAGCCGGUUGAUUUGAAGCCUGUUGAUUUUAAGCCUGUUGAGAAGGAUGUUGCUUCUCAGGUUGUUGAAUCUCCUGUUGUUGAGGAUGCUGUUGUUCCUCUGGUUGUUGAAUCUGUGCCUGUCGAUGCAAACCCUGUGGUUCCAGAGCCUAUCUCUCAGAAGGUAACUGAACCACAGCCUGUUGCUGACACUAAUGAUGUUGAAUCCGCUGCCGAAGUCGAAACCCCUGUUGAGUCCGUCAAUGCCUCCCCUGUUGAUGCCGCUGACUCCAAGUCUGUGAACCCUCCAGCCCAAGCUCCAUCCGAACCUGCCGCUUCUGAAUCCCUCUCUAAGGAGGAAAAGAAGGCCAGGCUCCAGGCUCGGAUCGCCAGCUUGAGAAGCCGUUUGGAUACCGUUCCUUCGAAAACACUCAAUGCCGCUGCCACUACUGAGCCCAAGCCUGAAACCUCCCCUUCCAAGGAGGAAAAGAAGGCCCAGCUCAAGCAGCGUCUUGCCCUGUUGAGAAAGAAGAUGGACGGUGCCGUGGAGGAUUUACACAAGUCCUCCUCCAAGGCCUCCUCUGACGCUUCAAACACUUCCGCUUCUCCAUCGCCUCUGGAGCCCUUAUCUAAGGUUGAGCCAGGCGCCGAGAAGCCUUUGUCAUCUGAUCCCUUGCCUAAGGUUGAGCUGGACAAAGAAAAGGAAGUUGUUUCUCCUCCGCCGCCAUCUGAUCCCUUGUCUAAGGUUGAGCUGGGCAAGGAGGAGAAGAAGGCCCAAUUGAAGCAGAGGCUUGCCGCCUUGAAGGCCAAGAUGGAGGGUACUGAGUCGAAGAAGGCUGAGUCUAAGACUGAGUCGAAGAAGGAGCCAAAGAAGGACGAACCAAAGAAGGAUAAUUUGAAGAUGGAGGAACCAAAGAAGGAAGAAUCAAAGGGAAAUGGAAAGGGCGCCGCCUUCGUUCCCCCUCCUCCUCCUCCACCUCCCCCUUCGUUGCUUCCUGUUGGUCCUCCUCCUCCUCCUCCUGCUCUUCCAAAGCAACCUGUCGAAGAAGAAUCCGAAGAGUCUGAGGAGAUCGACGACCCCCAGGCGCCCUGUGACGCCUACCUUGCCUUGGAAGCCGAGCUCGAGGAAAAGAGAAGAAAGAAGCUCGACUUGUCGGAAAUCAAGGCCAAGGUCGACUACUCCGACAACAAGAAGUUCUCGUCCAAGUUCCAGGACAUGAUGCUGAAGCUCGAGGUCAGCCUUAUCAACGACGGAAGGUUGUCGUUUGACGGGCCCGUGAACCCCUUGACUAUCGCUAAGAAAGAGGAAGAAGAGAAGAAGUACAAGGUGCCCAAGAAGCAGUACUCGCCUGACGACAAGAACGCCAAGAUCAAGAACAAGCUUGAAGAGCUCAUGACGAAGAAGCUCAAUGGCGAGGAAGUUGGAAUCCCAAAAAAGAAGAGCCCUCCAAAGUUCCACAUUGACAUGGACCUGGACGAGGUGUUUAUUCCAGCUGCCCAUCCCCAGUUUGGAAAAGGUGCUCCUCCUCCACCUCCUCCUCCAGCGUUCCUUACCAAUGCUGCCGCUCCUCCUCCACCUCCUCCACCAGCUUUCCUUAUCAACGCUGCAGCACCACCCCCACCACCUCCUCCAGCUUUUUUGGUUGAUGCUGCCAACAACCCUACAGCUGCUGCUGGAGGAAACAAGAACUUUUUGGCCAAUGGCCCGCAGCUUAAGGCUGUCAAGAAGGAGCCUGUUGCUCCCAAGGAGCCUGAGAAGAAGCCCCAGGUGAACUGUACCAAGGGUUCUUUCAAGGACAAGUGCGAGGCGUUUGGUACGUUUUUCAAGUCUGUUCCGAUCAAGAAGAAGGACGGACCCCCUCCCAAGAAGGCUGCCGUGGCCCUGGGAUGA